AUGGCCGACUUCGACAAAGUGAGUUGAGCCUUUUGAAAGGUUUAUUCGAGUUUAAGUGUUUUCAGGAUCCAACUUCGUUGUACAGUGUAAAGGGAAUCGUGAUUCUCGAUCAGGACGGAAAUCGAAUUCUCGCAAAGGUACUUGUUCUUUCCAUAUCACCACAAGCUGCCAAACUAUUGAUUUUCAGUACUACGAUCACACCACUUUCGGAACUGUCAAAGAGCAGAAGGCUUUCGAGAAGAGCUUGUUCUCCAAGACCUCUCGCAACACUGCAUGUUAGUUUUCAAUCAACUGAAUCAAAAGCGAAAACUUCUUUCUAGCGGACAUUCUUCUGCUCGACGGAGUAACCUGCUUGUACCGUUCGAACGUUGAUCUAUACUUCUAUGUGCUCGGAUCAACCCGCGAAAACGAGCUGUUCCUCGACGCCACUCUCACCUGUCUCUACGACGCUGUUUCCACUGUUCUCCGAAAGAACGUCGAGAAGAAAGCGCUGAUCGACGCCAUGGAAACCGUCAUGCUCAUCGUUGACGAAAUUUGUGACGAGGGGUGAGUUACUUCACUCUAUAUUCUAAUUCUUUCAAUGUAAUCCCUUUCCAGAGUUAUCAUGGAGACGGAUGCUCAAGCUGUUGUGCAGAGAACUGCCCUGAAGAGCGACGAAGUCUCCUUCUCCGACCAAUCUGUUUCUCAGAUCGGGUUCUCGUUCAUCGAGUCGGCCAACAAACAGUUCAAGUGGUCGCUUCUCAAGUAA